AUGCAACCUUCCCUGGUCCUGACCUUCCUUUGCCUCCUGGUGGCCCUGGCUGGCGGGAACCUGGUGCAAUUUGGGGUAAUGAUCGAGAGGAUGACAGGGAAGUCAGCACUACAGUACAAUGACUACGGCUGCUACUGUGGUGUUGGCGGGUCCCACUGGCCGGUAGACCAGACCGACUGGUGCUGCCAUGCCCAUGACUGCUGCUAUGGGCGCCUGGAGAAGUUGGGCUGUGAGCCCAAGCUGGAAAAGUAUCUCUUCUCUGUUGGCAGGCACAGCAUCUUCUGUGCCGGCAGGACCGCUUGCCAGCGGCAGACCUGCGAGUGUGACAAGAGGGCUGCACUUUGCUUUCGUCGCAACCUGGGCACCUACAGCCGCAAGUAUGCCCAUUACCCCAACAAGCUGUGCACAGGACCCACCCCAGCCUGCUGAGUUCUACUCACCCC